UCAAUUCUUUCUCAAUUCAAUUGUUCUCCAAAUCCAUUAUUCAAUUACAGAUUAAAAUUCCAUACCAUCUCUCUGUUAUUACAAUAGUUACAUCAAUGGAGGGAAUUACGGGAACAGUUGUACCAAAAUCUCCCAUUAAUGAAUCCCUCCAGGAAACAGUUGUAUCAAAAGCUCCGAUGAAUAAAGCUGCUGAAAAGAUUGUUGUUGCAGCAGAACCAAAAACACCGCCGCUAAAUCGACCAUCAAUUGUUCAACUGAAUUCUCCAAUCAAAAGUGGGAAUACACCUGAUUGCCUUAAGGUCCCCAAGCCAUUUAAAUACCCUGAGAGGUACACAAGUCCAACUGAUCAAAUGAUGUCUCCUGUUUCGAAGAGGCUUCUAAUUGGUAGAAGUAGAAAGGCCAGCACACUCUUGCCGCCCUCCAAAAAUAGACCUCUUCAUCAACAUAUGGUUCAAGGUUUACAGCUUCAGGAGUCUGGUCUUUGUCAAAGUUUAAAUUGUUGAUCAUGUUUUGUUGUGACUUCAAUAAACUAUUACUACCCGGGUUUAUGCUUAUUUUUUCCUUUCAUUUCUCAGCCUCCAAAUGUAAAAGGGGUGGGGGGGGUGGGGGUGCAGCAUUGUUAUUUCUCUAUUUUAUACAAUUCACCAGACUUGUAGGGAUCAUGUUUAACUUGUUUUGGUGUAAAUUUCACCUUUAUAAAACCUCUUGCAAUGAAAUGAAUAGACUUGUCUUCCCCUA